AUCAUGAUGAGAAUUAAUGAUCGGGGCCGCUGAUUUCAUUGUGUGACGCCGGGACCGACCCAGCCGAGCCCGGCCGAGCCCGGAGCCCCCGCGCCGGCCCCGCGCUGCACGUGCCAAUGUGUUGCCAACCAGCUGGACACCCGGCUUCCCAAAAGCUCACAUGCAUGUUUGCUAAGCUUGGCAAGUCAAGAUCAAAAUGAAAUUAUGAUAAAAAUCCAUGUGGAUUUCUAACUUGGAGUCUGAGGUUCAAGACAAAGAUGAAUCUGCGUUCUGUAUUUACUGUAGAACAACAAAGGAUAUUGCAGCGUUAUUAUGAAAAUGGAAUGACAAAUCAAAGUAAAAAUUGCUUUCAGCUCAUAUUACAGUGUGCACAAGAAACAAAACUGGACUUCAGUGUGGUCAGGACGUGGGUUGGCAAUAAAAGGAGGAAGAUGAGCAGCAAGAGCGCGGUGGAAUCCGGAGGGACCCCCCCAGGGACGGCCCCUGCCACCCCCUCAGUGCCCCCAGAAGUUCGGAACGUGGUCAAUAUUGCCCGAUCCCACAGCCAGCAGUCCUCCUGGACCUCUUCUAAUAAUGAUGUGAUAGUGACUGGGAUUUACAGCCCUGCCACCUCCUCGGGCAGGCAGGGAUCCACCAAACACACCAACGCUUCCAUGGCAGAGAUGCACAAAACCUCCAUCCCGAGGCUCCCGGGGAAAGGCAACGCGGAGUUCCAGCAGCAGCACAUCCCUCUAGGACGACAAGUACCACACUGUAAAAAUGCUUCCCUAUUAGUAGGGGAAAAGACCAUUAUUUUAUCCAGGCAGACGAGCGUGCUCAAUUCUGCAAACUCCAUUUACAGCCACACGAAGAAAAGCUACGGCGGCUCCUCGGUGCAGACGGCGGAGCUGGUGUUACCUCAGAAACCCAUGAUAUGCCACAGGCCCUGCAAGGCUGAGCCCGUGGGCUGUCACAGGUCACAUAAACCGGAGCACGUGGCUCUGGCAUCGCACGUGCCCCACGGGCAGAGGGCUCACCCCAGGGACCCUGCCUGUAGCACCCAGAACCUGGAGAUCCGCGAGGUGUUCUCCCUGGCGGUGACGGACCAGCCCCAGAGGAUGGUGGCGGGAAGCACAACGCAGAAACAUUCCUCUCUGGAGGGCAGCUGCCUGUCCAUCGCCAUGGAGACGGGGGACGUGGAGGACGAGUACGCCAGGGAGGAGGAGCUGGCAUCCAUGGGAGCACAAAUCCAGAGCUACUCCAGAUACUGUGAGAGCAGCAGCUCUGCUCGAGUGGAGAACCAAAGCGCAGCCGUGUCGGGGCCGGGCCGCAGCGGGGGCUGUGGGGCACAGGGGGGCAGUGCCAGGGACCUGCCUGACAGUGUUCUCUACCACAGCAGAGAUUACCACCUCCCUGCACGGACCUCACUGCACAGCACAGCCAGCACAAUGUACAGCGGUGCUAAUGCAUCCAGGAGUACCUUUUCUCCUCAUUUUACAUCUUCAAGUCAACUGAGGCUGUCACAAAACCAAAAUAAUUACCAGAUUUCAGGAAACCUUACUGUGCCUUGGAUUACAGGUUGUUCCAGAAAAAGAGCAUUACAGGACCGCACACAAUUUAGUGACCGAGACUUAGCCACCCUAAAGAAAUACUGGGACAAUGGCAUGACCAGCCUGGGCUCAGUCUGCAGAGAGAAAAUUGAAGCUGUGGCUGCAGAAUUAAAUGUUGACUGUGAAAUAGUGCGGACUUGGAUUGGGAAUCGAAGACGGAAAUAUCGUUUAAUGGGGAUUGAGGUCCCACCCCCUAGAGGAGGUCCUGCUGAUUUCUCUGAUCAAUCUGAAUUUGUUUCUAAAUCAGCACUUAAUCCAGGAGAGGAAACUGCUACUGAAGUGGGGGAUGAUAAUGAUAGGAAUGAUGAAGUGUCAAUCUGCUUAUCUGAAGGAAGCUCACAAGAAGAGACAAAUGAAGCUCUUCAAAAUGAAGAAAUUGGUCACAAAGAUGAUGACCAGAAUCCAGUUUCCGCUGACAAUGUGAAAAUAGAAAUUAUAGAUGAUGAGGAGAGUGAUAUGAUCAGUAAUUCUGAAGUGGAUCAGAUGAGUUCUCUCUUGGAUUAUAAGAAUGAAGAGGUCAGAUUCAUUGAGAGCCAGCUGGAGAACCACAAGCAGAAGUAUUUUGAACUGCAGACGUUCACUCGGAGUUUGAUACUGGCAAUUAAAUCAGAUGAUAAAGAACAGCAGCAGGCACUGCUUUCAGACUUACCUCCUGAACUAGAAGAAAUGGAUUUCAACCACACCUCCCCAGAGCCUGAUGAUACCUCAUUCAGCUUGUCCUCUUUGUCAGAGAAAAAUGCCUCAGACAGUUUGUGAUUUAUUUUUUUUAACUGACAAACCAGAACCCCUCUGGGACAUGCAGGUUUCAGGAGAAGAGCAUUUUGCUCUCCAGUGUUUCCUCAGCCCAAAAAAAGCAAGUCCAAGGUGAAGGAGCCUGUCCUGAAGGAUGGCUGGGGCACAGCCCAGCUGCAGUUUGCACUGGCAAGGAACUUGCAGUGGUGGUUUUGCUAAAGGAGAGAACUGGGUGAGAGAAGGUUUCACUUGUAGCAGUUUGGCCUUGGCUGGGAGAACUCCUGACUCUCCAGAGUAACUCUGGCUCUGUAGCAAAGUCUUUCUGAGCAGGGAUUUCUGAGUGGAAAGCAAAUCCUUCAGCCUCACGUGCUCACCAGGCCUGUUUAUUAUAUUUUUCCCCAUUUUUACUCAGGUAGGUGGACUAAAAAUUGGGGUUCCAAAUAAAAUAGCUUUCUCUGAGUUGUGCUUGAACCCUUUGGAAAACCUGAAAUUAAACUAAAGCGUUUUUCAUUCUCUGACUUGAGAUUGUUGAAUCUUCCAUUUUCUGACCAAAAUAGCUGAAAAAACCUUGAAAGGCUAACUCAGAAAAUUGAAUUAUCACCAGUAAAUUAUUAAUGUGAAGAAGCAGUGCUAAGUGCUGGAAGAAAUGAGAUGGAAAUGGGAGCCCUGAUACCUGCAGGGCAUGACUUCCUGAUACAGUAGCAAUGGGAUUGGAUGUUUACAUUCUUUAGGGUUUUAUGAUUGUAGUCAGAGUUUUGAUUUGUCAAAGCCUGAAUGCUGAAGUUCUGCUUAUUAUUUUAAGUAUGGGUUGUGUAUUUUUCCACAAACUUUGCUCCAUUUUACCAAGCCAGUCAGAAUUCCAGAGCUGUCUUUGCAUCCUGAAAGGUUUUCCAACGUUUGGAACUCCAGGAUGAUCCUGGGUGAUGCUGUAGCUGCCUGCCCAUGGCAUUGAUGCUCUAAUUGGAAUCUGAAUCCCUCGGCAAGAAUUUUUCACACAAUCAGGUGAAAAAACUGAUCUUUCCAUUUUAUGCCAAAUAACAAUUGACUCUGGGGAAUCCUUAUUCAUCCAGGACAGCAAGUAAUCCCCUUAAUUUCAGUGAGAGGUCCAAGGUGUAGCUCAGAGAAUCCAGAGUGUUGGGGAAAUAACUCCUUUUUUCCCCCCCCAGUACUGCUGUUAACUCAGAUUUUAGGGUUUUCUCAGUCUGAUCUGUUCUUCCCUAAUCACUUUUACAACUCUUUUUGUUUAGUGCCAGUGGUGAGCUCUGUCCUUUCAGGUUUUUUCUGUCUCUCUUGUCGUUGGGCAUGAGGAGCUUUUAGCAAUACUGUUAAAUACCAGCUGCAUAAAGGGUAGGGACAGUUUUAAAAGGUGUUUUAAAAACCAAGUUGCACAGUUCUGACCAGUGUAUGAUUCUGUUAGUUCCCAACAGACCUCUGACCACAUACUCUGCAGAGCAACCCCAGAAUUCCAAACUGCUGGGCCUGGAUGUGAGUGGAGGCAUUAAAACAGAGAGGGAAGGCCCCGUGUGACCAGGAGGUGAGGGGUGGAAUGUCCCAUCCUGGCUGGCAGACACGUCCUUGUGGCCUCACCCCCAGGAGGAGCAGAGUUUGCCACACUGUGCAAGUGCCCCCAGUCUAAAAUGAAGGUUUGUGAGCAGAGAUCACAAUGCUGUCCUUCCCAUGGAAGACACAGCUCAGCUGGAAUUCUGCUGGCUCUGAAAAGCUCAUUUAUAAAGGGUUUUCUAUCCCAGGCUGACAAUGGUUUCUAUUACUGUCCUCUCCAGACAGGAAAUCAGGGCCCCUGACAACGAAGCCUCUUGUUUUCUGUGUUCUAGUACUGUCAUUUGCCACUGUUUGGACCCUGUUUUCCUGCUGCUUCUCUGAAAUUCCCAUGACAAAAGGCAGGAUACUCUUAAUGGGAGUUCUCGAUUUCGUGGUCAAUUAAGUCAUCCACCUUUCUGCAAGAAAAGCUCCCACCGAUGAUUCCUAUUUUGCUGUCUUGUUUCUAUUCCAUCUCCAAACAAAUGGAAGGAAUGAAUUUUGAAUGAACUGCUGCAAUUAUGUCAGUCCCUUUGCUCUAGGAAGCUGGACUCCUCUUGGAUGUGCAGCUGAAAGGAGCUGCAGUCAACACCCACCCAUCCCUGGGGGAAUGUUGUUCUUUGGUCCUUUCUCCUGUAGGGAGACACCAAAAACCCAGCGAGGCAGUGGUGCUUCCACAGCUGAGACACCUGACAACUUCACAGGAUAUUCAGGAAGGCAGAGUGUGAAUUAUAUCCCUGAUAACAGAAUGCUGUGGAGGAAGAUACUGUACAGCUCUUUGGCUGUUUUUUUUUUCCACUAUUAGUGCAUAUUUCCGAAUUUUUAAUGACAUUUAAAUUGCCAUUAGUGGUAUUUUAAGUGUUGAUGGAAAGCAGUGGGGUGGCUCUGUGGGCCCUUGGCCUGGCAGGAUUUGGGGUCUGGUUGUUUCCCCUCCGUAGGACAAUAAUGAGAGCCCACAUUUAGGGCUAAUUUAUCAUUCCAUAGACUUUCCAUAACAAAUAAAGCUUUUUAGGGUGACAGAAAUCAACCUCAUUUCCAUUUCAAUGGUUUGACUAAUUUGAGUAACCCCUCCAGCAGAAGGGCCACGUGUGGAUGUUUCACCACCCUGUGAAAUCUCUCAUUUCUUUGUCCAUGAGCAGUGACUUCCCCGGUGUGUUUAUCCCUGGUGCAUCCAUGGGAACGUCAGUGCUGACGUGUGUGUGUGUCUGGAGCAGCCCAGGUGGGCAGAGGCAGCUCGGAACAGACGCUGAGCAGAGACAGGCCGGGCUCUCCUCGGGGAGCAGAGGCUUUGAUGUGACAAGUUUGCUCGUGGUUCAAAACCUGUUUCCUGCAGCUCUGCCUCUUUCCCUUUCCCUGCUGCUGUCACAUCUAGAGCCUGACAGGAGUGAGUAAUAGUAACCAACAGGUAAAUUUGGGGCAGAUUUAAGGUACCCAAGCAGAUGUACAUACAAGUGUCAGUUCUCUGCACUGCUCGGUCCUCAAGCUUUAAUCUUUCCCAGGAUUUCUUUUCACUAAGGCAAUAAAAAGUCUGAGAUAAGAAGCAGAUCCUUGGCUUUGCAGCCCUUUGAGUGAGAGAAGGAAUGUACUGGUUCUGUCUUCACCUUAAACUGGGAAGAGCUUUACCAAGUCCAUUCUCCAGACAGAGACAGCUGUGUCUGCUGUGCUCAUCCAGGUGAACAGAACAAAUCCACACCACCAUGGGUAUCCUGACUGUGGAAAUGGGAAUUACUGCUGCAAAUGAAUCCACUCUCCCACUUGGGAUCUCUUGCACUACUGUAUUCCUGACAUUGAGAACAAACUCCUGCACAGCACUGACCUUCCCUCAGUGCUCCAGGCAGAGCCAGCUGUCGGUCUCAGGGUCCUGGGAGUGUAAGGAAGGAUAACAAUGUGGAAGGAAGGACAGUAAUAUGGAAGGAAGGACAAUAAUAUGCAUUAAGGGAAUAGCACAGCAUACCUGAAACAGGAAGAAUCCAUACCUUGUUCCAACCCAAAGCUUGCUGUCCUCCCUCCAGCCCCUGCCCCGCUCCCCCAGGCUGCUCUGAAGGACUGGCACCACUGGCAGGGCCAAAUCCUGCCUUUUCUGCCCCAAAUCAUCACAACUGAGUGAGUUGUUUGGUUGUGAGGUCCCUGAACAAAGCUAGGGGCUGGUGAGUGAGAAAACUCCAUCUGGUUCCCACAGAAAACAAGCUGGUUUGUGGUGGAUGAUUUCCCUACUCUGGUAAAUUUUUGCCCAUUGGCCAAAUGGGAAAUCUGAAAA